AUGUUUGUGCAAACACGAGACGAAUCAUUUGGCGAUGACGUUGCCGAUGUGAUGUGGUCUGUAUUGAUUGUAUUUGUCGUCGGUCUUUUCGAAUAUUCAAUAGACUUCGCAAAAACUGCCGCACCACUAUAUAAAUUUACAAAGAAGAAUGCUGUAUUUAAUAAAUCGGUAUGCGGUGAUAAAGAGCGAAUAGCUUAUAAUACAAUAAAAGAAAACUUAACCACACCACCAUUGUUAUUACAUUUUCCAGAUGACGAAUCAAAACUGGUGUUAGAAACUGAUGCAUCAGGCAUUGAUUUGGGUGCAAUCUUACGACAAAUGACACUACAUGGCCCAAAAGGACGAGAAUUUUCCGUGGAAACAGAUCAUUGUCCACUAUGUAACUUCCAUAAAAAAACGUCUAAAAAUGGUCGGGCUGAUCGCUGGUCAUUGGAAUUAGCCGAAUAUGAUAUAACCGAAAUUAAAUAUAAAAAAGGGAAAUGUCAUUGUGGUCCAGAUUUAUUAUCAAGAUAUAUGAAAAUCGAAUUAUUCGAUCAAGAAAAUGACGCACGAUUACUGAAACAAAGUAACGAUAGUCAACAACAGCAAGAUGUACAAGAAAUACAACAACAAUGUAAUGUAAUAACACGAGCUAGAGUAAAUAACACAGCACAGUCAGCAACUAGGCAUGCACCUGUUGCUGUUAACAGAAACAGUUCGUAA